AUGCUUCAGCAGUUCGCCGCCCAGUCGGGGCUUGGCGCGGCCGUGCAGAUCGCGGCCGACUGGGCUCGGCGAGUCGGCGGGCCAGCAGUCGAGGCGGGCCAGCUGGCGGCUGCGGCGGAGCAGCUGGGCGGGACGCGCGUGCUCCUGCUCAUCGUCUUCUGCGAGGACUACCAGAGCCGGCUGCCUCUGCGCCCGUCCGAAGCCGCCGAGACCGAGCACGAGCUCGGAACGGUUCCGACGAGUCCGACGAGUGCGAUGUGGAUGGCAGCGACACCAGACGAGGACAUCUAUCCGCGCGAGCUGGAGGUGCCGCCGCUCCACGCGAUGGCCCCGUGCGAUCGGACGGGCCAGCCUAUCUGGCGCGAGAGAGUCGGCGGGGGCGGCCGCCGAGUGGCGCGCCCUUGCUACGGCGCCCAGUGGUAUCCCUCGCCCCUCGAGUUCAUUGAGCUCGUCGACUCCUGCAACGUGAGGUCGGCGCCGGAGGCGGAAGAGGCGGCGCUGGCAAUGCUGCGCGGGGGGCCGAGCCCAGUGGGUGGGACAGCGACCCCUUCUAACGAACUGGUGCGCGCCUCCGGUCGGCUGGUGGCGAGUGACAACCGACGCUGGCUGAUCACCGCCGGCGACGACGACAGCGACGUGAAUGUGUUGGCCGACUUCGACAGUUGCGAGUGGUACCGUGCGGUGACGGAAAAGCAGGCCGAGGGCUCGACGGACGCGCGCGCGAUGCCGAUCCUGCACGGGCUCGACGGCGAGAGGAGGCGCGUCUUCAAGGGCGCUGCGCGAGGGAUGUCGGAGACGGUCUGGGCGGGGUGGCCUGUGAAGGGGCCCCGCACCGCGCCGUGGUGCGCCCGUUUCCUGGCGGAGCAGGACUCGCGCCCGCGCGCCCGCAGCGCCGAGUGGCGCGCGGAGUGCGGCCUCGGCCCGGACGAUGUCGGCGUCUUGGGCCACGAGCUGGCGAUGCGGGCGCUGGAGCUGGGGGUCGGCUUCGACCAGCUCAACCUGACCGAGCUGUCGCUGGUGGAGCCCCUGGUGCGCCGCGCGCAGUUGGCGGAGUGGGGGCGCCGCGAGCGGCUGCUGAAGAGCAGCGGCGACGAGUACCUGGGGGGCGAGUACCUGUGCAUGGGGAUCUCGGAGACGAGGGGGCCCCUGACGGCGUGCCCGACGCUCCUCGAGCACAUCCAGGCCGAACUGCGCAAGGAGGCGACGCUCAUGAAGGAGGAGGGCAAGCUCCUCGAGAGGAGGAUGCUGCCCCGCGACCGAGGCUCCGGCGGCGGCGGCGGCGGGGACAAGGCGCUGCAUGACAAGGUGGCAGCGCAGGCCGCGGAGAUCAGCAAGCUCCAGACAAAGCUGAAGGGCCCCCAGGUUCCCAGGGGCGCCAGAGCCAUUUGUGCUGCAGCGGCGAGUGCGGCCAUGGCCGUGUAUGCAAGUUUGAUUUUCUUCAUAUCAUCCAUAUUUUGUGCGCGCGGCCUCGCGCGCCACUCCAUAUUAACACCAUCAGUUGCUCCGUGGGAGCGCAUGGAUGGCGCGCCUCUCCACGGCCUGGCGGUUGUCCCUUUCCAGAUCCCUGGCGCUGGAGUCCACGUGCCUGUCCAUGCGAAUAGUUCGUCCAGCCAGAAUAAGAAACGGAGGUUGGACGAGACAAGCAUCAGCCCGAGAAUGCUUCAGGAUAUAGUUCAGAUGUCGCCCGCGCCCUUCGUCCUUAGCCCGAUCUACAAGCACGUGGACGCUUUCAUCGGGGCAGUGCACACAAAUGGCAAGCAUGAUGUUCCUCAUGGCGAUGCGGUGUAUACGGUUGCCAAGCGCAUGUUCGACGAUUCUGUGUCGUUUCAAAUGAUGACCAAAACGAGCGAGGCGGAGCUGGCAGGUUCAUCUCGCAUGAAGACGGUCAAGAUCACCAGAAAGUUGGCGGAAUUUGCAAUUGUAUAUGACAGACUUCGCCGCCAUAGCUUAGAGAAGUCUUUGGUAUCCUGCGACAGGGUGAAGCCACUUUACUAUAUAGAGUGCGAGUUUUACGACGAGAGUCCGAUGCCGUUCAAACUCAGAGAUUGCAGUUUCAACAACCAUAUUGAGCUACUUCAGGACUUCGCUGCAGUGUUGAACCCCAAGUGCGUCAAGGAUGGUGUCGUGAUUCCUUCGGAGCUCCCAGCGUUCAUCCAGCAAAGUCGCACUGAAGCGUCAAUUUGCAAGAUGCUCCAAGUUGAUUCUCGAUAUGCAUGCUUGUUGAAGGUAGAGAGCGGCGGUGCCAAGCGAUACAUCUUCGUGCAUUCCUCUACCCUCAACCACUUGGUAGUAAUUGAUCGCAACACGGGCGAGGCCACUCGCGGGGCCCUCAGAUUGCUCUGGUCAGUGAGUUUGGCGCACAAGCUGCAUGAACAACGGGUUCGUCUCGUCGCGACCGACCAGGGUGGGGGUUGCAUCAAGUGCGAACGUGGCAUUGCAGAAAAAGACAGACAAGGCUGGCAGCACCUACACCUGCACUGCGAAGUUCACAUCACCAGCUUGGUGCACAAGAACUCGUUCAAGCUUGUCACAGCGAAUGUUACUGGGAUGGUGAGGUGCGCGCUGUCACUCAAGCUGGCGGGACACAUGGGUUCAUUUCGACAAGUUCUUCGCGAGGUCAUCGGGAGCAUGAUUCUGUUCAAAGUUGGAGCUCCUCCGCCAGAGGCAGUUUUCUACAGGAGGAUGGCGCUCAGGCUGUUGAGCUCAUCGGGCUCGCUCGUCAUCCAGAAGUUCGUUGCCUUGAACAAGUUUCCGAAUGGCGAUUGGAGGAAUCGAUCCAACGUGGAGGUGCAUGUACCAGCGUUUCCUGACGGUGUCGACCUCGACGCGUACAAGGCGAAGUACAAGACAUCAGUGACCGAAGGUUUGUUGUUCGUAUUCGCGUCCUCUGCUUUUAAGCUGUACCCGCGGGACAAGUGGACGGGUGCAGACGCGUGCAUCGAUCAAUUCUUGUCACAGGAGCUAUGUCACGGGCUUCUGACUAAGGCGUACCCCAUCUGGGCGAAGAGCAUGGGCGCGAAGGCUUCUAGCAAUGCAUCGGCGGCGAUGCGCGCCGCCCCGCACGCCGAAGUACCGCUGCUCAUGCUGCCCUCUGGCGAUGGUGGAGACGGCGACGGCGAAGCUGGCGAGGGCGAAGGUGACCCUGCAACCGUCGGGGAUGACAGCGGGGGUGCCGACGGAGAUCGACGCGACGAGGACUUGCGCCAACAGCCAGUGUGCCAGUUCAGGGCAGAGGAAAACGCGAAGGACAGGCAAGUCGGCAUCAAUUGGGUCUUGAGCAAGCCGAUGACACCGCUUAUCAUCAUGAGGUUGACGAUGGUUCCACUAUCCGACAUCAUGGGCCGCCUUCUGGACCUGGGGAGUCCAAAAUGGGAAAGGGAGCAGCGGGUUCGCGAGUUGGCCCCUGCAUCGAAUGCUGGACCUCUGGCUGGAAACAUUAUUACUGGCAGGGACUAUCCAAUUGUGGUCGCCGCCGAGGGGACGAUAGAGGACAAGUUUUUCGAGAAGCUAGAAACGCUACUCACCCAACCUGCCAUGUGGUCACUCGUUUUGGAGGAGGAGUGCACGGAGCAGACGAGUGCGUUAGCGUUCAAGAUGUUAUCUCGCGCUGGGUGCUUGGUGGCAGAGCUCGUGCGGGAAUUGCAUCAGAAGUACCCCUACCGUUUGUUCUUGGUACUGCACCACCCGCACAUGGCCGCGACGAUCGAGUCGGAGAGCGAGUGCGUCCUCGGCAAGUUCACGAAGCAGUUCCUGCAAGACAACCCCGACCUCAGCGCAGACGACGCCAGGAUGCGCCUGCUGUCGAUCGUUGCCAUGGCGAAGCUGGAUAUCUCCCACAUCGAAGCCCUCCACGCCAGCAUUCGGCGCCUCGUGGUCGCUGCGAGCCACCAGACCCACGCCAUAGAGAUCGCUGCCGCCUCGGCGGAGUGGGUUGCCUCCCGCUGCAGGUCGCGGGCGAAAAACUCUGCAGGCCUUACUCGGACGACCUUCGUGGACGCAGACAGCGCAGAGCCAGCGGAGGACGAUGAGCCUCGCAAGCCUCGGGGAGGCGGCGGCGCCUGGAGAGCUUUCGUUGCCAUGAGCGAGCCUGGGGUUUUCAAGGAUUUCGCGCAGCUGGCGGUGCAAUACCGACAACUCGACGCCGACCAGAAGGAGAAGUACAUCACGGCUGGACGCGCUGCGACGGCCGCGCACCGAGAGCAUCCAGAUGUCAGCUCAUUCGGGAACAACUCGAAGCAAGAGGCACGACUGAUUGCCGCAGAGCGUCGGGCCCAACUCACACUUCAAUUGGGCAGCCUUGCGAGUAGCGAGGGCCCGUCGAUGGAGGUUGUUGCAGCGAACCAGAUCGUCGCCACGCAGGUUGACAACGCAUCUGCGCUGGCUGCUGCUAGAUCCGCAACGUACAACAUUGGCAGGAUGAAGGCCAAGGACUGCAGGGAUAAGGUCUCCAAGUUGAAGACCUUCGCGGUGGACGAGGCAGCUCUUCGACUCGCUGUCGGCGACGUCCCUCCUCUCGCAGCUGCCGCUGAAGAUCUUCAGCGCCUACCUGAGCGAGCGUGCUCCGACCUGGAGUUCGUCCCCGACAUCGGCUCGACGGCUGCGAAGGCCACCUACGCGUCGCAGACGACGCGAAGUUCGGGAGGCACCUCGAAUACGGCAGCUCUGACGGCGAGUUGGUACCGUCGUCACAACAUCGUGUGCCAUGACGAUUGCGAGAGGAUUGCAGACCAGCCGAAGGACUUCAACAAGCAGGUGCGUUGCUGGAAGUUCGGGCGGUGUAUUUGCAACGGCGAGGGCAAGAAGCUCUACUCUAUUCGCAAUGCACUGCUACGCGUGAUGAAGAAGGCUUUUCCGCGCAAGUCGACACAGUUUCCUUUACUGGUGAAUGGGAGUAUCUUCGCGGCGAUCUUUCCGCCUCUACCUGCCGAUCUAGUCGAGCUCGGCGCGGAGCGAGAUUGGUUGGAAACCGAUGAGUUGCUCGUGGUCCACGUGGGCGUCCUGUACCUGAAGCCCUACAGGCCGACGUACCACAAGAUGCGCCUGGGGCGGGUUCGCGAUGACGGCAUUUGGGACUUGCAGGCUUGA